AUGCCAGAGCCUCGGGGUAGGGUCCAGUUGAUAAAGGGAGGCGAGACGCCGCGCCUAGUGCCCACGAUCCUGCAACCAUAUUAUCUUUCUUUCAUCAAGUUUGCCUCGCCAGAGUUAAUCACGCGCAUCCUCGCCUCGCUUCCUGAACCGAUCCUUAGAAUCAUCCCUAGACUCGAUCUAAAGCGGCUGGUUGCACCGCUCGGCGCUCUUCUCGCAAUCGGUCUCCUCAGAAAGAUCAACAAGGCCGCCAAUGCAAUUGUGCUCGGUCUUAUCCAAAGGGGCGUCAGGGUCGCCAUCCUCGACAUUCAGGAGUUGCCGGCGGAGCUUGCAGUAAAAGCUGGAUCCGUCUACUACUGGAAGUGCGAUCUAACUUCUGCCUCGUCCAUCAGAGACGCUGCCGAUAGUAUCCGCACCACGCUCGGCCACCCGUCGAUCCUCAUCAAUAAUGGCGGUGUUGCGUUCAAACACACAAUUCUUGACGCCACCCCGGAGUCGCUCCGGACCCUUUUGGUGUGA